AUGAUCAAGCUUGCAACCUUUCUUUCUAUCCUGAAACCAAAGUUUGGACCGGGUCAAAGAACGGAAAUGAGCUCAGAGGAUGUGAAGGAUUCAGAGGAGGCGAGAAGUUCGGAGGAGGUAUUCGCCACUAGUUCUUCAUCAAAACCCUACCUGCAGGAAGAUAUCGACCCAGUGAAGUCCACAGAUGUAGAAGCGGGCCAACUCUAUGCAACAAUCAGUUCCUCUAAUACCGUGAAUAAUGCGGCGAAUGAGAGGGAUGUUGAAGCGAGCAGCCGAAACGCUGAGGUUUCCGAAGAAAAAGACAGCAACCGCGGAUUCCUUUACGGCUUCUUUGGAACGCUGGUAUUUACUGCCUGUGUAGUAGCAAUAGUGAUACUGGCCUUAGCAGCCAAGAAUGAUAGAGCGAGGAAUAACGACGACAACUUUGAUUGGCCUCACCCGUCCAACGUCGCUGAAGGUAGAUACGACAAGGCAGGCGUAAGCACCGAUCAUCUGUUAUGCUCAGAAAUAGCAGUAGAUAUUCUGAAAAAAGGUGGAAACGCUGUCGAUGCUGCUGUUGCAAUUAUGUUUUGCUUGGGAGUUACUAAUCCCGAGUCUAGUGGACUCGGUGGUGGGUUCAUCAUGACCUUAUACAACAGGGAAACGGCACCAGCAGCAGCCGAUGAAAAUAUGUUUGUAAACGACACCGAAGCUGCCCAAUUUGGAUAUCGGUCUAUCGCCGUACCAUCAGAAUUAGCUGGGUCCUGGUACGCAUAUAAAAAUUACGGGUCAGGAUCUGUUGCUUGGAAGGAUCUCGUUCUACCGUCUGCAAAGUUAUGUCGAGAAGGAACUACUGUUACGAAAUACAUGGAAACUGCUUUAUAUGAUAAGAAAGACAACAUAUUGCGAUCCCCUACAAUGAAGAGGUGGAUCAACCCUGCUACAAACGAUGUGUGGAGAGAGGGUGACGUCGUAGUUAGGGAAAAUCUAGCAGAGACACUGGAACUGAUUGCGAACUCAGUCGAUCCUGUCAAACUUUUCUAUCAUGGAGUCAUGGCUGACGACAUCGUUAAGGAAAUCAGGGAGCAUGGUGGCAUAAUCACAAAAGCGGACCUUUCUUCGUACGAACCUACCCUAUAUGAACAGAUGACGAAUGAUCACUUCCGCGGUGACCUUGUGAUGUGCGGUGCUCCACCUCCCUCUUCUUUCUCGAUCACACAGCUUAUCGUUUCCGUGAUGAGCGCCUUAUAUCCGGAGGGUCACAAUGUUGACAUACGCAGCAACUCCAGGUUCUACCAUGAUCUCAUUGAAACGAUGAAAUUUGCAUAUGCUCAGAGAACAUAUCUGGGUGAUGCCAAAUUCGUACCAAAAGCAAUGCAAAUAGCAGAAAACUUAACUACUCCAGAGUAUACCAAGUGGGUAGUAGAACGGAUCAAAGACAAGGCACAACCUCUUUCGUAUUAUGGAGGUUUCAACGAAAGUCAAGUGGAAGACCACGGAACAGCUCACGUAUCCGUUAUCGAUGAGUUUGGCAAUGCUGUGGGUGUAACCACAACUAUCAACCUUUGGUUUGGUGCAGUGGUCGAGUCUGAAAAGUAUGGUAUCAUUUGGAACGAUGAAAUGGACGAUUUCUCAAUUCCUGGAGUUCCCAAUGCAUACGGCUUUCCUCCAUCUGAGAGCAACUUUAUCAAACCGGGCAAACGGCCUAUGAGCAGCAUGACUCCUACCGUAAUCUUCGACCGUAAAACAAAGCAGCCCAGAAUGGUGGUAGGAGCUUCAGGUGGAUCAAAGAUUAUAUCCGCAACAGCAAAAACCAUCAUUCGACAUUUGUUCUUCGGUGAAACUCUAAAAGAAGCUAUUGACGCUCCAAUGCUCCACAAUCAGUUCGUGCCAAUCACCAGUAUGAUUGACCAAUAUUUCCCAACGAAGUUGCGACGAAUUCUUGAAAACAGGCAUGAUCAGAACUUCACCGGCAAUACUGGUUUUAAAGGAGUAACCCAUACGGUUGCCCUCUAUGGCGGUGGAGUAGGUGCUUGCGGUGACUUCAGACGGGAAACUCCGCAGGACCCUGCCGGUUAUUGAGUUCUUCGAGAUGGUGGUGGAUCACUCUGCUACCCUCUAAAACAUCUCGAUGUAUAGAACAGCGAUUUUUAUCAGGACAUAUUGUAUAUCAAACUUUCGUCGAAACUUUUAUUAGUCUGAUUUAUAGUAUACUUGUUGAUUCAUGCUGCAUUUGUUUCAACAAAAUUUUUCCCUGAAAAUAACAAUUACAAGAAAAAUUAGUUUUUUAACCGUAUUGCUCAGCAAAACUUCACUUUAUCAGGCAGUUACUUAACUAGUUACUUACGUUUAGGCACUAGUAUAUGAACAAAAUUUUUGCUCAAUAUCGUGGCAAAUAUUGUGAUUUUUCUCGAUUUUCCUGUAUCAUUUCGCGUGGAAAUAAACACUUUAUUCUCCGUCA